AAGUCGGGUCUGGGAGUGGAAGAGCCGUGUACUGCUGGCCAGGAGCUCAGCGUCCCGCUCAGCGCCCUGGAAUGUGCAGCUUAGGGCAGGGGCGAGCAGGGGCUUUAGCUUAGCUGGUACUAAUUGCAAGUUUUAGUGCUCAAAAACUCUGUUUAAAAAAAAAAAAAAAAAAAAAAAGAAAAGAGCAAAGAGCCAAGAGAGGGAGUUAAGGCUGGGAGAGCUGUUGCUCCAAGCAGCAGCGUGAGGAGUUGCUCAACUCUCGUUUAGCAGCGGGGUAGAAAGGAAAAUGCAUUAGGUUGCUGCCCCGAAACGUUGCUGCUGCUGCGAAUGGUGCUGGGCGCUGAGGCAGGCUCCAGGUUUUAUCAGGCUGUGAAUGAGUUUGACACAAUGACCGCUGAGGACUCCACUGCAAGGAUGAGCAACGAUUCCUCCAACGUGGCUACCACGAAAGUCCCUGAAGGCGUUGCCGGUGCACCCAAUGAGGCGGCUCUGCUGGCCCUCAUGGAGCGCACGGGAUAUAGCAUGAUCCAGGAGAAUGGGCAACGCAAGUACGGCGGCCCUCCUCCCGGCUGGGAGGGCCUGCACCCUCCUCGUGGCUGUGAAGUCUUUGUGGGCAAAAUCCCCCGUGAUGUCUAUGAAGAUGAGCUCGUCCCUGUGUUCGAGUCUGUUGGCCGCAUCUAUGAAAUGCGCCUGAUGAUGGACUUUGAUGGGAAGAACCGUGGCUACGCCUUCGUCAUGUACACACAGAAGCAUGAGGCGAAGCGUGCCGUCAGGGAGCUGAACAAUUAUGAAAUCCGCCCCGGCAGGCUGCUGGGUGUCUGCUGCAGUGUGGAUAACUGCCGGCUCUUCAUUGGAGGCAUUCCCAAGAUGAAGAAGAGAGAGGAGAUCCUGGAAGAGAUCGCCAAGGUGACAGAAGGCGUGCUGGAUGUCAUCGUGUAUGCCAGCGCCGCAGACAAGAUGAAGAACAGAGGCUUCGCCUUCGUGGAGUAUGAGAGCCACCGAGCAGCGGCAAUGGCCAGGAGGAAACUCAUGCCGGGAAGGAUCCAGCUGUGGGGACACCAGAUUGCUGUUGACUGGGCAGAACCAGAGAUAGAUGUGGAUGAAGAUGUCAUGGAGACUGUUAAAAUCCUCUAUGUGAGGAAUUUAAUGAUUGAGACCACAGAGGACACCAUUAAAAAGGUCUUUGGGCAGUUUAACCCUGGCUGUGUAGAGCGGGUGAAAAAAAUACGUGAUUACGCCUUUGUGCACUUUACAACCAGGGAAGAUGCCAUUCACGCCAUGAACAACCUUAAUGGUGUCGAACUGGAAGGCUCGUGCCUGGAGGUUACCUUGGCCAAGCCGGUAGACAAGGAGCAAUACACUCGCUACCAGAAAGCAGCAAAAGGAGGGGCCGCAGCAACGCCUGAAGUAACUCAGCAACCUAAUUAUGUUUACUCUUGUGAUCCGUACACACUAGCAUAUUAUGGAUAUCCAUACAAUGCCUUGAUCGGGCCCAACAGAGAUUACUUUGUGAAAGCAGGCAGCAUACGAGGCAGAGGGCGAGGUGCAGCUGGCAACAGAGCCCCGGGCCCCAGGGGCUCCUACCUGGGGGGAUACUCCGCCGGCCGUGGCAUCUACAGCAGGUACCACGAAGGCAAAGGAAAACAGCAAGAGAAAGGAUACGAGCUGGUACCCAACUUGGAGUUACCUGCGGUCAAUCCGGUGGCCAUUAAGCCUGGUGCAGUGGCCAUCCCUGCCAUCGGCGCCCAGUACUCCAUGUUUCAGGCUGCUCCACCGGCCAAGAUGAUGGAAGAUGGCAAAAUCCACACUGUCGAGCACAUCAUUAACCCUAUAGCCGUCCAGCAGGAUCCGGCUAGCGCGGCAGCCGCUGCGGCAGCCGCCGCCGCAGCUGUAAUACCGGCCGUCUCAACGCCUCCCCCCUUCCAGGGCCGCCCCAUCACGCCGGUGUACACCAUGGCUCCCAACGUGCAGCGAAUCCCCGCCGCCGGGAUUUACGGGACAAGUUACGUGCCAUUUGCAGCGCCCGCCGCGGCGACAGCGACGAUAGCCACGCUACAGAAGAAUGCCGCUGCCGCCGCCGCCGCUGCUGCUGCCUAUGGGGGAUACGCCGGCUACAUCCCUCCGGCGUUCCCGGCCGCCACCAUCCAGGUCCCCAUCCAUGACGUCUACCAGACGUACUGAGACUGUCGGCAGAGGAGGGCGGCGGAGAAACACACACUGAAGGAACACUUUACUAUUUAUGAAGAAAGAACCGACUGCGAAAGAGUAAACGUUUGGGCUCGGUAAACUGAGGCAGAAAGUGAAGAAUGUCAUAGAAAAAAAAACGUGUUUGAAAUAUUUUCUACGCUUGAAGUUUUCACUAACUUUUUUAGGCUAUUUUUAAAAUUUAACGUGCCUGUAUUCAUACAUUUCUAAAGGACCUCGAUGCAUCCAGCCCACCGCUGACGUGCAUUUAUACGCAUCCUAGUGGGGUUGCAUAGGGUCUUUUUUUUUUUUUUAGCAGUUAUAUUUUCAAUAUAUUUGUGGUAUGAAGGUUAUUUUUUAGUAACUUCUGCACUCCAGAGAUGUCUAUUUUGUAGUGCCCUUAAUAAUAUAUCAGCUAUAUAUUAAAAAGCACACCUGAGCAGCUAGGGAAAGUUUUAACAAUAUAUUUUGAAGAAUAUAUUCAAUAUUUAAAGAAUACAUACUUUAGAAUUUUUUUUUUAAGGAAAAAACCAACAAGUAUCUUAUUUAAAAAAUUAUACUGGAAAGUGCAAUUUGAAAAAUGUGCGAGACCUCUGCAUUUUUGUGCUGGCAUUAAUACAGUCUGCUUGUUCUUAUUUGAAAUCAGAAGUAACUAAUAUUGCCUGCUUGGGAGAAAGAGGUUAAAAAAAAAACCAAAAAGCCUCCUCACACAAACAUCUUCACGGUGUGACCUGCAGGCUUGUGUGCAGUAAAGGAAAGGCUCAGAGUUUUCCUUAACAACUGGAUUUUCUAUUUAUUGAAGCUACUCAUAGUUGAAGCACGUGCAGAAACGAGUAGCCGCUAUUUUCGCGCGAGACGUCUUGACUUAGAUCUUCAUCCAGUAUAAAGCCUAGGCUCUUUUCCAACGCUCUUUAUUUUCUUCCUUGAAGUAUGUGUUGUAGUGACUGAGAAUGUAUGCUGCUGUCGGCGAGAGCAGGCGCGCUCUCGCCCAGAGGAUGCGCAGCGUUCCUUACCCAUCGCUCCAUCAUGUUCCGAGAGAAAUUUCCCAGGUACUAGGGGUGGUAGUGAUACUGGAAUUAGUGAAACGGGGCUAGCCUCCCUCCCGGCCUCCCUUCCACGCUUAAUUCCUCGUCUCCGCGACUGGAGUUGUACAUGCACAUCAGGGGUGGGAGCGAUUAGACCCGAUGAUUUUAAGACAUAGAGCUUGUAAAUAUCUUUUAAUAUACAUUUUUAAAGUCAUUUUAUGUUGCAAAUUUACAUGGUAUGUGGUUUGCCACAAAACAAAAACCUUUUAUUGCGAUGUUAUUAAGAAGUUUGUUUUAUUAAGAAGUAAAUAUAUUAUUGCAGUGUUUUGUGGCCUGUUUAAAGGCUUUUAUUUAGUAGUGCGGUGAAUGAAACUGUAGUAAACCGGUAUAGAAAUAUCUUGCCCAUUGUAUGAAGUGCAUCAGCCCUGCAAACACAGCUCCAGUGGCAGGAGGUGUGAAUCAGGGAGCAAGUAAACAGCGUUCCUUUGCUUUCUGUGGUGUAGGUACCAACCGAAGGGGUUUCCUAUUGGGUAUAUUUUGACAACUGAACCACUUCCAGACCACGUCCAGCUCAGUGAAGUGACCUUUUAAUUAAUACGCUUUUUUUUUUUUUCUUUCCUUGCCUCAAAAUGGAGGGAGCGGUUGUUGUUCUAGGUGCUCUUGCUCGGCCCAGCUGAGCUCUCCUUAACCCUGUCGCCCCCUUAGCGAAAGCCCUGUGAGGAGGUUAACCAUUAGGUCGGACUCUGCCCCUCUGGCCCCUUCCAGGCAGAUUUUUAUUGCUUCUGAAAGCGCUCCCGGACCUUCACCCUGAGGAGGGGAUUUGGACAAAGCCCCGACAGGGGGAAGCCCCCAGCCAGCACUCCGGCGAAGGCUCGACACUAAAAACCGCCAUGGGUCCGUGGGCUCUGCACAAACACCCCCGGGGUGGGGAAAAGGCAGUCCAGUGAUUUGGGUCUCCGCCGGCCCCUUUCCAGCCCCACACCAUGGCUGACCCACAGAGGAGGGAUGAAGGGUGAUGGCUCCCUUCCCACUCACCCUCUUCCCAUGGUAGGACGAGGGUCCCGCCGCUGGCAGAGGUGGCAGGGAGAGAAAGAAGCCAAGGAGGGCAAAUCCCGAGGCACCCCAGGCCACCGGUGGGUGCUGCCUGAGCCGGGGCAGGAGCAGGAGACGCAAGCAGGACCUGGGGACACAGGCAGGACGUGGGGACGCAGGCAGGACGUGGGGACGCAGGCAGCCAGGUCACGCUGAGCCUCCCGCCCCUGCCUGUCUUUUACACUUGCUUCUAAACCAUUUCAUGUACACUACUACUGAGGUAAGUCUGGUAACUUGAAAUGUGAACAUCUUUAGGUUAAGAACAAACUAUUCAAAGAAAAAAAAAAUAUAUUUGAAAAAAAAAAACAACAAACAAAACUAGUGUGCCUUAGUCUCAAAAGAGCUGAUAUUUUAGGUGUUUUAUUGUAUCUCUGUUCUCUGUACUGUUGGAAGCCUCUGAGUUUAUUUAGUUCUUGCUCCAUUUACGGUACAUUUCUAGGAUGUAGUGAAUAAAGCAUUCUUCAAAAAUG